AUGGUCCUCCAUGAUGUCACCCGCGUGUUCCAUCACCCGGCGCUGCGUGAUCCGAAUGCUGAGGUCCAGGCAACGAUGUUCAAUACCGUCGCCACAUGGGUCGAGCGCCUUCACGACAAAGGCGCAUCGCUGAACGACAUACUAUCUAGUGAGGGUGUCCGCGCCGGGAAGAACCACGAAGGAGGGGUAUUCGCCGGCGGUCACGACGGUGGCCACGGGAAGCUUAAGGGCAGUGAAUGGGAAAAGGCGAAGAAGAAGAAGAAGGAUAAGGACUCUAAGAAAAGCAAGGAUAGCUACUCUAUCAUCCCGGGAAUCUCGUCGAGUGGUGGGAGUAUGAACGUUGGAGGGGUCAAUAUCCCCGGUCCCAUUGGUGGAAUAUUUGACGCUGUUACGGCUGGGUAUAACGAUAACAAAGGUGGUGGCUCCUCUAGUGGGAAGCAUAAGGAGGAGAAGUACUAUGAUAAGGAGAAGAAGAAGGAGAAGAAGGAGAAGCAUCACGAUGAGUAUGAUAAGGACAAGAGAGACAAAAAGGACAAGGAUAAGGAUAAGCACAAGGAUAAGGACAAGAAGGACAAGAGGGACAAGAGGGACAAGAGGGACAAGAAGCACUAUUCUGAAGACGAGGACUCUGAGGAUGAGCGUCGUUAUCGCAGGCGCAGUGGGGAGCAUGGACAUCAUAGUGGAUAUGGGCAUCAGUCAGGGUAUCCGGGGGGAUAUCCGGGCGGGUAUUAGUCUGUUUAGCCGCUUUGUCGGUUGGGUUGGGGGUACCGUCGCGCUAUGUGUUUAUCAUAGUUUAAGUUCUGUUCUCUUUUUCGAAACUCGUAUUGUUUUGGUGGCGGUAGUGGCGCACGAAAUAUCACUCGAUAGCUGAAAUACCGAAGUGUUGUGAGAAUAUUGGAUAGAA